AUGCUUUCUGUUACUCGAACCGCUCCUGGCGUGCGUACGCGGGCGCUCAGACUGUUCAGCAGCGGCCGGGCCGCGUCGCUCGCCGCCGUUGGCGCGGGCGCGCCUCAGGCCAAGUACCACAUAGUGGACCACGAAUACGACUGUGUAGUUGUCGGCGCCGGUGGGGCCGGGUUGCGUGCAGCUUUCGGGUUGGCUGAGGCAGGUUACAAGACGGCGUGCAUUUCCAAGCUAUUCCCAACGCGGUCGCACACGGUUGCAGCGCAGGGCGGGAUUAAUGCUGCGCUGGGAAACAUGCACGGAGACGACUGGAAGUGGCACAUGUACGACACGGUGAAGGGCUCCGACUGGCUGGGUGACCAGGACUCGAUCCACUACAUGACGCGGGAGGCGCCUGCGUCGAUCAUUGAGCUGGAGAACUUCGGGAUGCCGUUCUCGCGGAAUGACGAGGGCCGGAUCUACCAGCGCGCGUUCGGCGGGCAGUCGAAGGAGUACGGCAAGGGCGGGCAGGCGUACCGGACGUGCGCGGUAGCGGACCGGACCGGGCACGCGAUGCUGCACACGCUGUACGGGCAGGCGCUGAGCCACAACACGCACUUCUUCGUGGAGUACUUUGCGAUGGACCUUUUGACGCACAACGGCGAGGUCGUGGGUGUGAUCGCGUACAACCAGGAGGACGGCACUGUGCACCGCUUCCGCGCGCACCGCACGGUGAUGGCAACGGGCGGCUACGGGCGCGCGUACUUCUCGUGCACGUCUGCACACACCUGCACGGGUGACGGUAACGCGAUGGUGUCUCGUGCCGGGUUCCCGCUGCAGGAUUUGGAGUUCGUGCAGUUCCACCCCUCCGGUAUCUAUGGAUCCGGCUGUCUGAUCACCGAGGGUGCCCGUGGUGAGGGUGGCUUCCUGCUGAACUCUGAGGGUGAGCGUUUCAUGGAACGUUACGCGCCAACCGCCAAGGACCUGGCCUGCCGUGACGUCGUGUCGCGGGCCAUCACCAUGGAGAUCCGCGAGGGCCGUGGUGUGGGUCCGGAGAAGGACCACAUCCACCUGCAGCUAUCGCACCUGCCUCCUAGCGUUUUGAAGGAGCGCUUGCCGGGUAUCUCGGAGACUGCCCACAUCUUCGCAGGUGUCGACGUGACCAAGGAGCCUAUUCCGGUCUUGCCCACUGUCCACUACAACAUGGGUGGUAUCCCUACGCGCUGGACCGGCGAGGCUUUGACGAUUGAUGAGGAGACUGGCGAGGACAAGGUCAUCCCCGGCCUGCUAGCAUGCGGCGAGGCUGCGUGUGUGUCUGUGCACGGUGCCAACCGUCUGGGCGCGAACUCGCUGCUGGAUCUGGUGGUGUUCGGCCGUGCGGUGGCGCACACCGUCGCUGACUCGCUGCAGCCCGGCUUGCCCCACAAGCCUCUGCCAGCAGACCUCGGAAAGGAGUCCAUUGCUAACCUGGAGCGCAUGCGUACAGCCUCUGGCCCAUUGACCACCAGCCAGAUCCGCUUGAACAUGCAGAAGGCCAUGCAGAAGGACGUCUCUGUCUUCCGCACGCAGCAGACCCUGGACGAGGGUGUGCACAAUGUGUCUGCUAUCGACGAGACCCUGAAGGACGUCGGAACCUCGGACCGCUCCAUGAUCUGGAACAGUGACCUGGUCGAGACCCUAGAGCUGCAGAACCUAUUGACGUGCGCUGUGCAGACCGCCAAGUCUGCCGCUGAGAGAAAAGAGUCACGUGGUGCUCACGCGCGUGAAGACUUCCCAGAGAGAAACGAUGAGGAAUGGAUGAAGCACACGCUAUCCUGGCAACAUGCAUCCGGUGCUCCCGUCGAGAUAAAGUACAGAAACGUCAUCACUACGACGCUCGAUGAGACCGAGUGCCCACCAGUGCCUCCAACCGUACGUGCUUACUGA